AUGGCACUUUUUAUCGGCAGAAUCCCCAGAGACAUGGGCACCCGUGAUUUGGAAGAUAGAUUCUCCAAGUUUGGCAAGAUCACCCGUCUUGAUGUUAAGCAGGGUUUCGGCUUUGUUGAGUUUGAAGACAAGCGUGACGCUGAAGAUGCCAUGAACGGCGUCAACGAAUCUCAGGAGCUCGUUGUCGAAUGGGCCAAGAAUGGUGGAAAGAGAGCCGGCGAGAACGAGUGCUUCCACUGCGGCAAAGAAGGUCACUGGGCCAGAGAUUGCCGUGAGAGAGGUCGCGGUGGCGACAGAGGUGACAGAGGCUAUGGCAGCCGUGGUGGCCGUGACCGUUCCCCCAGACGCGACCAAGGCCGUGGAAGUGAUCGUGACAGAAGGUACAGCCCGUCUUCAGAGUAUAUCAUCAGUGUUCCGUGCCUUCGCAUAAGUAGAGGUGGCAGAGACUACGAUCGUCGCCGUGAUGACCGUGGUCGCGACAGAUCCCCUCGCCGCGAUGACUACCGAUCCGAUGAACGACGUGGUGGUGAUAGACGCGACCGUGACCGUGAGUACGCUGCUCCCAGAGAAGACCGUGAACGCAGAGAGGAUGUGGAACGUGCUCCCGAAAGAGAUGUCCACGACCGCGAUUAA